CAUCUCGUUCAACAAACCCACACAUGAAAGCUCUUCUCUGGGGAAGAAAAAAACUAAUCGCAAGCUCCGGCUGCAGCGGCGGCGGAGGAGUAAGCGGAGGAGGAGGAGGAGGAUUUUACUUGCCGCAACCAGAGCCGUUGAUUGGGAGAUCCAGUAGUUUAAGACCAGUAAUGGAAGGUCCUGAUCCAGACAACGGUGAAAUUUCUGGAGGGGAUUCGAAACGACUCGGGUCGGGUUUAAGUCACUGGGUCAAAGGUCAGUGGUCACGUGCUCCGUCCGUGACUUCAACGCCGGUUUAUCGGAGGUCUGAUUUGAGGCUUCUUCUCGGCGUUAUGGGAGCUCCUCUCGCUCCCAUUAACGUCUCUUCCUCCAAUCAUCUUCUUCAUCUCACCAUCAGAGACUCUCCCAUUGAAACAACAUCUGCACAAUACAUUUUGCAACAGUACACUGCAGCUUGUGGUGGUCACAAGUUACAAAACACCAUUAAGAACGCUUAUGCUAUGGGUAAGCUCAAGAUGAUAACUUCAGAGCUUGAAACUCCCACAGGAACAGUUCGAAAUCGAAACUCGACAAAGUCGGAAACUGGUGGGUUUGUUCUCUGGCAGAUGAAUCCUGAUAUGUGGUAUGUUGAGCUUUCUGUUGGUGGUAGUAAAGUUCGUGCUGGCUGCAAUGGCAAGCUUGUUUGGCGACAUACUCCUUGGCUUGGUUCUCACACUGCUAAAGGACCCGUCAGGCCUCUUCGUCGUGCACUUCAGGGACUUGACCCGAGAACUACUGCCACUAUGUUUGCUGAAUCGAAAUGUGUUGGAGAGAGGAAGGUGAAUGGUGAAGAUUGUUUCAUUCUGAAGCUAUGUACUGAUCCUGAAACGCUAAGGGCGAGGAGUGAAGGACCAGCGGAGAUCGUAAGACACAUCCUUUUCGGCUACUUCAGCCAAAGAACGGGACUUUUAGCACAAAUCGAGGAUUCUCAGUUGACCCGUAUCCAAUCUAACGAUGGGGAUGCUGUUUACUGGGAGACCACGAUCAAUUCAUCUCUAGACGAUUACAAACCAGUCGAAGGGAUCAUGAUUGCUCAUUCUGGACGCUCUGUUGUAACCCUUUUCAGAUUUGGGGAAGUCGCAAUGAGCCACACUAGGACAAAGAUGGAGGAAAGAUGGACCAUUGAAGAAGUCGCUUUCGAUGUUCCUGGUCUGUCUCUAGAUUGCUUUAUUCCACCUGCUGAUCUUAGGUCUGGUUCGUUAACUGAAACCUGCGAGUACUCGGGUCAGGAGGAGAAAGGGAAGAGUUCGAUUGCAUUAGCUGCAACAACAGCUCAUAGAGCUAAAGUUGCAGCCUUGGAGAAAGGAAGCUUCGACAAUGAUCCGGUUUGGCAUAUCGAUGUCUGAGUUUGGUAGGGAAGAUGCAAUCUGUGCAUAGUAAUGCUAGUAACAAGACUUGAAAUCAAACUAACUAACCCUUUUGUUUAGCAGCUCACAUAUUAGGAGUUUGAUUACACGAUUGGUUUAUUUAAGUUUCGUUUGUCUUUUUGUCUUUGUCGCCUUCAAUUUUUUUGAGUAAGGUGAUGGGAUUGAUUUGCAGCAAGAGAAGGAGAAUUGCUGCUUAAAAUCUUGAAUUUCUCUCAUCUUUUUCUAAUGAAAAUUUUCAAUCUAU